AUGUCUCCUGCGCCUGAUAUUCUAGGUUUGAGCCCUCUUGACCACAUCCCCGCGAAACUUUUUCUGCCGUACAUUCUAUACUUCGACACGGCCGACCCCCAAACCGCCACGCACUCCAUCCAGAAGGGCAUAGACAAACUGAUCUCCCAAUUGCCUUGGCUCGCUGGAGAUGUAAUCCUCCACAGUGCACCCGAGGGGCCCAAGAACCGAAUGCACAUUGCCCCUCCGCGUAGCUCCCCUUCUCAGGAGGUUCCCCCCAUGCUGCAGAUCAAGCACUUUGAUCGCGAUGAGGAUUUUCGCACGCACCCAGUGCAUUGUUAUCUCCCUCUGCCCACGUUUAUUCCAGCCUUGGAGCAGAGACCCGUCAUCCGGUUCCAGGCCAAUGUCUUCCCCAGCAAGAUUGCGCUGGCCAUGUCCUUUUGGCACAGCGUCUUUGACGGCACCGGAGCUGGCGUUAUCCUCGAAGCGGUUGCCGAGUGUUGCAAGACGACAGCCAACAAUGAAGCUGAAACCCCCAUGGCGCAGAUAAUCGCAAAGACCCAUACUGAGCUCCGAAACACGGUCUCGGCCUUUGCAUCCAAGUGCCAAGUGCGUCUCGACCAUACCGUGGAACUAGGGACGCCCAUUUUCGACCCAAGCAUUUCCAGCGAGCAGUGGAAUGCAAUUGAAUCAGCCGCGGCCUCUGCUGUUGAGACAAAGCGAUACACCUUUAGCCCGGAGAAAGUGGCCGAAGUGAAGGAGACCUGCACUCGGCUUCUCUCACAGCUACAAGCCCCCUCCUCUUCCUCAUCCUCCUCCUCCUCCUCGGCAUGGAUCUCGAGCAACGACAUUAUCACUGCAAUGCUAGUCAUCUGUGUCGACCGAACUCUGCACCCGGACCGGGCAGACAAGACCAAAUCCGCAGAUUUCCUAAUGGCCGUCGACAUGCGCAGCCGUGUCCAUCCGCCAUUACCAGAGACAUACCUAGGCAACUCGAUCUUCCCCGUCCACGACAAUAUCUACUUUGAAGAGACAGCAACAAGUCAAACCGGCCAAGACGACGCAGACGCAGACGCAGACCUUCUCCACCUAACUCAGCUGGCGCUACACAUCCGCACCAAACUCGGCCAGAUGGACGAGACUGUGGCGUACAGCUCCUCCGCCGCCGUCGCAGAGUAUGAGGACUGGGCCAAAAUCGAAGCGAAGCCUGCGGGUAUAAUUGUGACUAGCUGGCGGAGCCUAAAAACCUUUUCGCUAGAUUUUGGCCCUGGGCUCGGCUGUAUUGAAGACUUUGAGCCGGGGCUUGCUCUUGUUCCAGGUGGGUGCAUUCUUUUACCAUCGCGGGUGGUGUCGCCAGAGAAGACGCCUCCGUGGGAGGUAUGUAUCACAAUGAAGAUGGGCGAUAGCAAGAUGCUUGUUCAGGAUCCGCUGUUUUCUCGAAUCUUGGCCUAA